AUGAACAGAGUAACUUCAGAUUACAUCACAGGAGAUUCCCUUGAUGAACUAUUGUCGAAACUUAUCAGGAGCAUGGAGGCUGCCAAGGCUUCAAGGGGAGGUUUGCCAGAAAAGAUAUGGAUGAAGCAACAAUUUUCUGUUGGGGUCAACGACGUGACAAGGGUUCUCGAACGAAUGCCUGCUGCUGCUGCUUCUCGUUCUGGCUGUUCCACUGAAGCACCGACCAGCACAGCUAGGCGGAGAGCUCCUUUGGUGCCACUUCAGGUUACUAUUGUUUCUUAA